UUGCGGCGCCGGUCCGCGCCGCCGGACCGCGGAGAGCAGCGCAGAUGGUACGUGAACAAUACACCAUGACCACAGAAGGCACCCGCAUAGAGCGGCCAGAGAACCAGUCUGUCUACAAAAUCGGCAUUUAUGGCUGGAGAAAGCGUUGCCUCUACUUAUUUGUUCUUCUUUUGCUCAUCCUCCUCCUUGUGAAUCUUGCUCUUACAAUUUGGAUUCUUAAAGUGAUGUGGUUUUCCCCAACAGGGAUGGGCCACCUGCAUGUUACAGAAGAUGGACUUCGCCUGGAGGGGGAAUCGGAGUUUUUAUUCCCACUUUAUGCCAAAGAAAUACACUCCAGAGUGGACUCAUCUCUGCUUCUGCAGUCCACACAGAAUGUGACUGUAAAUGCACGCAACCCAGAAGGAGAAGUUACAGGCAGGUUAAAAGUGGGUCCUGAAAUGGUAGAGGUCCAGAGUCAGCAGUUUCAGAUCAACUCCAAGGACAGCAAGCCCCUGUUUACUGUUGAUGAAAAGGCAGUUGUGGUUGGUACAGAUAAACUUCGAGUAACUGGGCCUGAAGGGGCUCUUUUUGAACAUUCAGUGGAGACGCCCCUCAUAAAACCGGACCCAAUCCAGGACCUUAGACUAGAAUCCCCGACACGGAGUCUCAGCAUGGACGCCCCGAAAGGCGUUCAUAUUCAAGCUGCUGCAGGGAAAAUCGAGGCCCUUUCCCAGAUGGACAUCGUUCUUCACAGCAGUGAUGGGACACUUGUGCUCGAUGCUGAAACCAUGUGCUUACCCAAGUUGGCUCAGGGGACUCAGGGCCCCGCAAGCAGCUUGCGGGGACUCUACGAAAUCUGUGCGUGUCCAGAUGGGAAGCUUUACCUGUCUGUGGCCGGCGUGGGUACCACGUGCCACGAGAACAGUCACAUCUGCCUCUAAACCAGGGGCGUCUUCCACGGAGCUACCUGCCUCGUUUCGGUGAGCUUUGGAGUGCUGACCUCAAGCCUUCACACCUGGAGCAACUCGACAAAGUAAAGCUGAGUCGGCACAUGGGAAGGAAGUAGGACCUGCUUUCGAAAGGAGCUCAGAAAGAAAAAUGUACCAGUGCAAGUGUUCCCGUGAAACUCCAUGAUCUCAAAGUGGCGGCUGGACCUUAGACACAAAAGUCAAAGGACUAUCAGGAGAAUGUGUUGAUUCCACUAGACUGAUUCAUUUCCAUCGGAACCAUUGUGACUUUCCCUUUCUUGUAUGCGUCGAUCUACAGUGAAAUAUUUAACUGCUGUGUGGAAUAUCAGCUGUGGGUAUCUGACUCCCCAUGAGAGUAGCCGUGGUCCUGCUGAGGUGCCACGAGAGUUCCAUGAGGUUUUCCUCUGUAAAACCUGUAAGUGCUCUCUUCAUCUUAAUGCAACGUGUGUCAGGUUUCACAGGAAAAUCUUCAAGUUUUGAAGGGACGUUAAGGCUGAUUUGAUUUUCAAUAUGUAGUCAGAGGAAUAAAUUAUACAAAACCGUGCUUUCUUUAUAUAGUCAAUGAGCGAUGAAAAUCAAUCUACAUUUUUUCACAGACUUCACAGUUUGUCUUACUUUCUUUAAUCCUCAUAACUCUUUGAGGUAGGUACUACUUUUCCCCCAGUUACUGGUGAUAAAAAAGGUUCCGAUGAGACAAGUCACAAGGUCACACAGUAUCUGUUAAAAUUAAACUAAACUGUGACCCUGCAUUUCCACAUCGGUUUUCACUUCAGACAACUUUGACCUGUGUCUCAUUCCAUCCACGGCACCAGUCUACCUGAUACCUGCGCAGAUGGGCUGGUGCUCGCUUGACAAGUGGAGAAACUAAAGUCCAAAGGGGUUUGUCACCCACCAGAAUCGCACCGCGAGUAGGCAGGGGUCCCAGGUGCCCAGCAGGCAUGCUCACCUGACGGGACAGGUGAGGGACCAGGUGGGACCUCACGGAGUCAGCCUCUUACACUCACCGUCGGCUGUGUGAUGUGUAUUUGCAUCCGGUGGGCACACUGAACCCAUGAGCACGUUGGUUUUUUAGAGGCCACUCACUCACUCUGUAAAAUGCCCUUUGGCACACAGAGCCAUGGGUGUCGGCUUUGGUUUGUGGUUUACCAGUUGUUAGCAUUAGAAUCCCCACAUGGCACAAGACAUGGUGGGACCAACAGCACUGCAACUUUGGGGGUUUUUGUAAUUUAUUUAUUUAUUAUUUAU